AUGGCUGCCCUGCGACGGGCUCAGGAUAUAGACGAGCGGAGAACUGAGGUAUCGCCUGACCGAGGUAGGGAACGUCCCAAAGACCGCCACCGCGACCGCAGCUACGACCCUCGCAUCGCGCCCACGACCACGACGCCCGCUCAUCAGGCAAACACGGGCGAGGCCAUUCGCGCGAUAAAAGCCUCGACAGGGACCGCACGCGUCGGCGAAGUCGGAGCGCCUCCAAGGAGGACCGCUAUCGAGGCUCAGAGAGGGAAGCCAGUGCAGACAGGGUUGCCCACCCCCAUCGUCGACACCACCACCAUCAUCACCAUCACCAUCACCAUCACCACCACCGCCACGACACGACACCAUCCUCGAAACAUUACCACAGUCGCUCCCCAUCCCCUAGGUCCUCAUCCAAACGCAAGCUCGCCGGUAUCUGGAUCUGGCUACAAUUCGGAUACGUCCAGGGGCCGUAGAGACGACGACAAGAUGAGAGGAGCAUACCAUUACCAAGGCCGUGGUGGGUUUCAGCAAUCCCCACCUUAUCCUUCCCAUAAUCAAUACUCUCCUCAAAACCAGUCACCCUACCACAGUGGCAGAGGGGGUUGGAGCAACCAGCCCUAUCCAAACCACGGGUCUCCCCCACAUGGCUAUACUUCAGGCCAAUCUCCAUAUCAUCAAAGUCAAUCCCCUGGCUACCACCCAAACCAGUCGUAUCCUCAAUCCGGUUUUCAAUCCAGUUCACAUCGGGGUGGACACGGUGGCUUCCGCGGUAACAGCUUCCACGGUUCCGAUCGGCGAAUCUCAGGUCCUGCCGGAGGUGCUCCCUUUAGUGGACCUGGAGGCCGGGGUCGGGGCGCUGCACCUACCCAAUUUUCGAAUCUCUCAUGGACACCCGCGUCUGGAACAAGAGGCGGUCGUCCUGCUACUGAAGCGCCACGUCCACAGCCUCUUCCUACAUCCCAAACGGUAGCCGAUUCCACAUCUGUCGACGCGGACGACAAUCCUUUCCGCCCUUCGAAAGAUCUACGGGUAGAGGAUGAGGGCUCAAAAGAAGAGCAGAAACCCGCUCCUCCAGCCAAAUCUUCGGCUACGCUCCCAACAGCAACCAAGUCGGGAUUCGGGUUCUCACUCAAGACAAAGAAUCCGGUGCCUCCAGCAAGCAAAGCAAAAUUGGGGCUGGAAGAGCCCGAGAAAGCUGAGCCAGCGUCGAAAGAGUCACUACUCGAUCCAAAAGCAAAGGUCGAAGCAGCACGCGACAUUGCCCCCCGCUAUGCUGAGUCAAGAAGUGAUCGAGACAGAGAUCCAAGAGAGAGGGACUACGACCAUAACAGGGAGCGAGACCUGAGGGAGCGAGACAUGAGGGAACGAGAUCGUCGCUACGAUAAUUAUUACGACCGCAAACCAGCCUACCGAGAUCCCCGUGAACGAGAUCCUCGAGACAUCCGAGAUUCUCGUGAUCCCUAUUAUCGUGGUAGGGAAAGGGAUUUCCGAGACCCGCGCGACCGAGACUUUAGGGACCCUCGGGAUAUUCGAGACGGGCGUGAUAUUCGGGAAAGGGAUUCGCGGGACAUGCGGGAUCCAAGGGAUGUACGAGACCCAAGGGACCGCAGGGAGCCGUAUUUUCCACGAAGGCAUGACGACAGACGGCCAGAUACACGCCCUAUUGUUCGACAAGAACGAAGGACGCCACCUCCUCAAAUAUCAAAAACCAAGACAAUUACAAAGAAGCGAGAAAAGCCACGACCUACACUAGCCCCAGAGCAUGCAGCCUCGGAAUCAGUGUACUACAGGAAACCUGGCAAUGAGUCAGUGGUCGGAUCAGGCACGUAUGGAAAGGUCUUCAAAGGAGUGCAUGUCUAUACAAAGGAUAUGGUUGCACUAAAGAAGAUUCGUAUGGAAGGCGAACGCGAUGGUUUUCCAGUCACCGCCAUUCGCGAGGUUAAACUGUUGCAGUCUCUCAACCACCCCAACAUUGUCAACCUCCGAGAGGUGAUGGUGGAGAAGAAUGACUGCUACAUGGUCUUCGAAUACCUUUCCCACGACUUAACCGGUCUUUUGAACCACCCGACAUUUAAACUUGAAACAUCGCACAAGAAAGACCUUGCAAAGCAACUCUUCGAAGGUCUCGAUUAUCUCCAUCGACGUGGAGUUUUGCAUCGCGACAUCAAGGCAGCCAACAUUCUCGUGUCUAAUACCGGACAACUAAAACUGGCUGAUUUCGGUCUUGCUCGUUUCUACUCGAAGAGUGGCAAGUUGGAUUACACCAAUCGCGUCAUCACAAUCUGGUACCGAUCCCCGGAAUUGUUACUUGGAGAAACGCAAUAUGGCCCAGCGGUCGAUAUCUGGUCAGCAGCAUGUGUACUUGUGGAGAUUUUCACGCGACACGCCAUUUUCCCGGGCGAUGGCGGAGAAAUCAAUCAGCUUGAAAAGAUCUACAAUGUCCUUGGCACGCCAACAGUACAGGAUUGGCCUGGCAUCGUGGACAUGCAAUGGUUUGAGCUUCUACGACCAACCGAGCGCAAGAAGUCUACGUUUGCAGAAAAGUACAAGGACCGCGUCAGUCCUAUGGCCUUCGAGCUGCUUCAGGCAAUGUUCUUAUACGACCCAAAUGCACGGCCAGCGGCGGCCGACGUGCUCGAGCAUCCCUUUUUCACUAGCGAAGCCCCUGCGCCAAAGCGAGCCGAGGCGCUGAAAGAACUUGAAGGGGAUUGGCAUGAAUUCGAAAGUAAAGCACUUCGGAAAGAGAAAGAAAAGCAGGACAAGGAGGCCCGGCGGGCUGCUCGUGAAGAAAAGGACAACGCAAGAAAAGAUGAGGGCAAACGACGGGCGGAUGCAGCGGUGGGUGAAGAGAGAGACGCAAAGCGUGCGAAAAGUGGAGAUGUCACAGCAUAG